CAGGUGUGAUUUACUGUGCUUUUACUAUCUGCAGGUGGCCAUCAAGUACGUGUGUAAGGACCGGACGCAGAGGAGACUGAAAGUUGUAAGUCCCCGUGUGAAUCUGUUGUGCUUGAUUCAGUGCUGGAUGUAAUGGAGUUGUUCGUCCUGCAGGAAGGUCAGGGUCAGCUGCCGCUAGAGGUGGCCUUGAUGACCCGCGUCACUUCAGCUCCUGCUUGCCCCAGUGUCCUGCAGCUGCUGGACUGGUUUGACCGUCCCAGACGCUACGUCCUGAUCCUGGAGCGUCCGGCUCCAUGCCAAGAUCUCCAGAGUUUCUGUGAGGAGAACGGCUGUCUGGACGAGCGUCUAGCCAAAAAAGUGCUGGUGCAGUUGAUCGCGGCGUUGAAACACUGCGAGAGCCGCGGCGUCCUGCACCGGGACGUCAAACCAGAGAACCUGCUGAUCUCCACAGAUUGCCAGGACAUCAAGCUGCUGGACUUCGGCUGUGGAGAUCUGCUGAAGCGUUCGGCCUACAAAUACUUUGCAGGCACUCCUGCAUACGCUCCUCCUGAGUGGUUUAGCAGACAGCGCUAUAAUGCCACUCCAGCUACAGUGUGGUCAGUAGGAGUGACCCUCUACAACAUCCUGUGUGACCGUUUCCCCUUCAGAGGCGCACAGAGGGUCAAGUCCAGAAGCACACUGCACUUUACUAGAAAUCUGUCAACAGGUAAGAGAUUCAGAAACACAGAUGGAGACGGUGUAUUAGCGAGGAGAAGUGUGUUGUUGUGGGUUUCUGAAGACGGUGUUGUGUGUUCAGAGUGCCGUCAGCUGAUUGGCUGGUGUCUCAGUGCAUCGCCAGCUGAUCGGCCCACUUUAGAUGACAUUGAGCGCCAUGCCUGGUUGCACUGCACAGGUGGCUAGUGACAUCACACUUACCUGAAUCCAGCAGUCAUGGCUUGAGUUGCAUUGUCUUGAUGAGUGUAGAUAAACACUGUCAAUUAUUUGUAGAGGGAGAGCAGGAGUAGCAGAGGAACUGAGGAGAGCAGAUCCUGAACUUCCUCUGCUGCCUCGUUGAGGCUCUGUGUGAAGCUAGAGGAGCUGAAGACGCACACACUAGCUAGUUUACAGUAGACACAAGUAAAGUUUCUAGAGGAUGAGGUAAACUAACAUAAUAUGCUUUGAUAUGAGAACAGGAAU